GUCCUGUUUCACCUCGAAGUUGAUGAAAGUUGGUUUUCAAUUGAACAAUGAAGAUUUUGGCCUUCCAUACACUUUCUGAGAAAGAUCCUAUGUGAGUUUGAAAUCUUCAAUAUGAUAGGCUCCCUAACUCCAAAUAUGCUUUGUUCAAAAAAAAAAAUCAUACUCAAAACAAGCGCAUGCGCAUGGGUAUUUAUGUAGUCUCCCCAUUACACCGUCACGCCAAUUUCUGUACAGGAUUCCUACUGCCUACUGGUGCAGUUUCGAAUUAUUUGUUAAAUGCAAUUCAUGUUGGCGGCUGUACAGGUUUUUCAUAAUACUACGUACACGGACACGUUUGCGCUGCCGUGCUUUUACACUCGUUACGGGAAAUUUCCACAACUUUUGGCAAUUUUCUAAACGCGUUGCUGGGUCUGGGUGUUUUAUGGUUUCCUCCUAUUUAGCGAACUGUGAUGUGAGUAACACAGAGUGUUUCAGUGACGAUGCAUUUCAGCAAUUGAAGCAGCUUUCCAAGUCCAGGUCUAAAUUAAACUUACUUGAGCGGUUAAUUAAUGUGGUAGAAAUUUUAAGUUGUGCAUGAUAAUGGCACAGGGGAGUGUAGAGUUGGAGUAUCAGUGCAAGCAUGAUGAUGCAUGGUAUGUAGUUAGUGUGGAAAUGAGAGGGAAUGAGCUUGUUGUGCAUUAUCUUGAUUCUGGAGAUGUUUGCGAUUGUGAUGAAAUCUUGUCCAUGGAAGAAUUUAAUAGCAGCAGGUCUAGAUUUCGGUUGGCGUGCAGACACCUUCAAGACGAGCAUUGUGACCAGGUGGAGGAGGGCAUGCAAAUUUGUGCUUUAUAUGUCACUGAUGCCCAAGAAACUAAGUUCUUUGAUGCCAUUGUCAAACAGGUUUGUAGGUCCACGCAUUGUUCGAUAGAUGAUGAAGACCAGUGCACAUGCGCUUUUAAGGUUUUGUGGCAAGCUGGACCAAAUGCAUGUAGAAUUACCUCCGUGUCUUGUCAGAAUAUAUGCUUGCUGACUACAGGGAGCAUUGAAAGUCACCCUGUAAUCAGAGAAUUUGUAAAGCUUGUUCGAUCUAAUGAACAAGAGCUUAGUCUGGAUCUUAACUCGAUGGCAGUCGAAUUAAAAGCAGAUCAGAUGAACAGUCAUCUGAGUGCCGAUAUGAGAAGAGAAGAAGAUUAUUCAUUAUCUGGUCAUGGUGGUACGAAAAGAUCUUCAUCAUCCUUGGAGGAGCAGAAGGAUGGAAAAAUCAUGGAGGGCAAUGUUGGCAAAAGAAUUUUCCUUCAUUAUUCUAGGGGCAAUGUUAAGCAGUGGACUCUAAAAAAUAGUGAGAUGUUCACUGGUGGAAGAAAAGUUCAGGAUUAUAAUCACAAAACUGUAAAUUUAAAAGAUUCAAAGAACUUACUACAACAUGGUGAUGAUUUAGAUUGCAAGGUGCAUAUUGUGAAAAGUGUGAACAUACACACAGAGUCUAAGAGAAAUAAGAUAGGAUCACCAGAAUCACUGCCUGCUGUAGUGGAUCUCUCAUCUGAUGAUGAAGAUGACUAUAGUCCUUCAAAGAAGAAAUGUGAUUAUAGAAGUCAGAAUUUAAAUAGGCAACAUGAUGAUCACAUUAAGUCACAGAAAGAAUUAUCUACGGUUGAUGAAAUAAAGGCAGACUGCACAUGCAUAUGUGAAUGUCAUAGGAAUGCAUGGAGCAGAAAUGACAAAGUAACCAUUUUUAGAUGCAAUUAUGAAGGUCAGAAGAACAUAUCAGCUAUUCAACAUCACUGCAAUGGCCAUUUUCUUCCAGAAAAGAGCAACUCUUAUUCCUCAGUUUAUGUAGAUUCUGCUGAUAUGCCCUUUUCUGAAUCUGAUCACAAUCUUCAAAGGAAUUUGCAUUUUACAUGUAAGGAAUGCCAGAAGACAAGCACUAGUUCCAUGAGGCUUUAUUCAAGGCCAUCUCAAUCAAACAUUAGACAGUCAACUUUGCCAGCAUGCAAUCAAUGCAGAACAUACUCUGGUAACACUUUCACAGCUCACCGCCAAUAUUUCUUUCAUUCUUCAAUAUGCAGGUGCAAUGAACUACCCAUUUCUGAUGUGAGUGCAUUCUCAGAAGAUGAGCCAGUUUAUGAUGGGGCGGGAACUGGCCACUUCAAGGUUUCAAAUGGAAAACAUUGUAGGAAUUCUAUGAAACCAAUGCUAUCAAGCGAGCGAGAAAACAUGAUGAUUCAAAUGGGGCUUAAUGAAUCUCGAUGUCGCUGCACAGAUGCUGGAUGUGAACAUUGUUACGAAGAUGUGAGAACUGAGGAGAGACAGUUUUAUUCCUUGGAAGUUCUGGGUUUAGAUAAUCUGGAAAAGGAUGUGAACCCAUUUGAUGUCAAGGAAGUCAUAACUUCUAUGGGUUGCCGAGUUGCCCAUGUUCAUAUUUUACCAACCCUAAAACUGGAACAAUUUACAAGAGGAUUUGUUUGGUUCCAAGAUCGUGCAAGUUUGAUGAAGGCACUAGACUGUUUGCAAGAUGACAAUUUUUUUGUUGUAUCUUCAAAUGGAAGGCCCUGGGUUUCACUUGAUAUAGAUGAUGGAGUUUUUGGUACUGGUAGCAUCUCUGAAGGAUUCAAUAUAAAAUCAAAGUACUGUAAGCAGUGUACACCUAGCAAAAUUUUAGUUGUUCCUAAAGGCACUAAAGAUUUUGAGAAGGCCAAAAGAAGAAAAAACCUCUUUUUGGAGUUCAAAGAACAGUUUACACUUCUACAUAAAAGGUUGGAGUUCGAAGAAAAAAUGUUUAAUCAGUCCUGAACUGAAGGUUGGCAGCUUGUCUCACAAUCAAAUUAAGUUGUAUACUGUCACCACAAUGUGGUCCUUGGCAAGUGAAAAUCAGAUGCAUAGGGGCAAAGGAAAGGUUGAGAUAUUGGACCAUUGUGUCCCUGUGAUAUGAUAUACACGAUUUUUAUUUGCAUUCCAAUUGCAUGAAGAAAGCAGGGUUGCCGCUUAUGUAAUGAAUGCUGUAUCUUAUGUAUAGAAUGACGUGUACAGGUUAUGGAUGUGGUAGGAGGUGCGAUAAAUUUAUUGUUGGGAGGAGCAGUCACUAUUUCAUUAGUUAUUCACUUUUGAAUAAGACCAUGAAUCUUCAUACCGUCUCAUAAUUUUUGCAACUUGUUAGCUGAGGGUGCAAGCUUUGGAUCAAUGGUAUAACUCAAGUAGCUUUCUUCCUGAUGUUUUACAAUGAUAAAAGAAAUAAGAUGGGAUUUUAAAUAGUAAAUCCAGUAUAGAUGAGCUGGGUUCGAUAUUUUCUUUGAUGUUGGCCAACAAAGAUGUUUCCUUUGACAUGAUAGGAAAUUUUGUACAAGAAGUUUUCUUUGAAAAGAUGGAUCUUUCAGUAGCAGAA